GGGUGGUAGGGAAGGCAGGGAGGGCAGUGGAGAGGGUCUUUCCUUUUUCACUUUGCUUUUUAAAAAGCAGACAUCUCUCAGAUUCUUCUUCUUCUCACCUGUUUACAUCUCUCUCUCUUUCUUUCUUUUCUUUCCCUGCAAAACUGGUUGAAGAAUAUAUAGACAUGCACUGAUGCACAACCAUUUUUAUGAGUAGCCUUCUCCACUUUGUUUUAUCAUCUAUCUAACAUAAAAUCUGGAUAAAUGACGAAAGUAAGUCCGGAAUGUGGAGAUCAGAUGCAAAUGGAGGCGGUUCUCUCAGUUUCAGCUGAUGUGAGCUUUGCUGCUAACCAGUUUCCAAAAUAUAAAAUUGGAGCUGAUAAUCAGAUUUUGGAGGAGGUGAAGGAAGACAGGAAGGGUCCAUCCUUGAAAGAGGUUGUUUCACAGGAAACGACCCAGCUACUGGAGCAGCAAAAGCGUCUCUCUGUUCGCGACCUUGCCAGUAAAUUUGACAAGAAUUUGGCUGCUGCCGCUAAGUUGUCUGAUGAGGCUAAACUUAGAGAGGUGGCUUCUUUAGAGGGACAUGUUCUUUUGAAGAAACUUAGAGAUGCACUGGAAUCUCUGAGAGGCCGAUUGGCUGGAUGUAACAAGGAAGAUGUAGAUAAAGCUAUUUCUAUGGUGGAAGCUUUGGCAGUGAAGUUGACUCAAAAAGAAGGAGAGUUGAUUCAAGAAAAGUUUGAAGUCAAAAAACUAGUGAACUUUCUGAAGCAGGCUUCAGAAGAUGCUAAAAAAUUGGUUAACCAAGAAAGAUCUUUUGCUUGUGCUGAGAUUGAGAGCGCUAGAGCAGUAGUGCAAAGAUUUGGAGAGGCCCUCGAGGAACAAGAAAGAAUUUCUCAGACUUCAGAAAAGCAGGAAGUGGAGGGACUAAUGGAGGAGGUUCAAGAGGCUAGAAGAAUUAGAUUGUUGCAUCAUCCCAGCAAGGUUAUUGAUAUGGAACAUGAACUCAGAGCACUAAGAAUUCAAAUUCGAGAGAAGUUUACAUUUUCGGUGAAGCUGCAAAAGGAGCUAGCAAUAAGCAAGAGGGCUGAGGAGAACAAGUUCUGUUUAUAUGAGUUAGGUGGGUCAGAAACUUUAGGUUCACUUUUACGAGUCCAACCUCGCUCACACGAAGCUAUAGAGGUCUCAAAAUGUUCAAUCCAGUGGUAUCGUGUACCGUCUGAAGGUAGCAGAAAGGAAAUUAUUUCAGGUGCCAAUAAACCAAUUUAUGCUCUUGAGCCUCUUGACGUUGGACGAUUUUUGGAAGCUGAUAUUGUUUCAAAUGGCCAAAAAGUUGCUGUGCUAACUGCUGGUCCCAUUGUGUCAGCUGCGGGCUUGGGAAGUUAUGUGGAGACACUUUUGCGAAAACCCAAUACCGAAUUCAGUGUAGUUAUUGCCCAGAUGAAUGGCCAAAAUUAUUCGUCACAUUCUGUCCACUUGUUUCAUGUGGGGAAAAUGAGGAUGAAGCUUUGUAAAGGGUGGAUUACAAAGGCAAGGGAGUCCUAUUCUACAUCAAUGCAGCUUUGUGGGUUUAGAGGCGGUGGUAAUUCUGCAGCUAAGUCAUUGUUUUGGCUAGCAAGGAAAGGACAAUCCUUUGUGCUAGUGUUUGAAUCAGAGCGAGAAAGAAAUGCAGCCAUUAUGCUUGCCAGGCGAUACGCUCUUGACUGUAAUGUGAUGCUUGCUGGACCGGAUGAUCAAGUACUGAUGUAUACCUGAGUGAUAUCUCCGAGUUCUCGACUAAUGCGAAUAUAACCAGGUUUUCUAAGUCGGAGCAUAUUUUGUAUUCUUGUGUGCUUUUGAUGAAGAAGAAUAUCUUUGUGUUGUGGUUUGGUUUCCACUAAUCUGAUUACAUUAUAUUUCUAGCCAUCAUUUUUUUUUUUUUUUUUUAUUUGCCUAAUAAUUGUUUGUAACAAGUUUUACUAAUUAUAGUCAAACGAUUCAUUUGCAUUUUA